AUGUCCCAGCGUAUCCACCUCAACCCCAACCGCGGGCAGGUUCCCAUGAUGAACCAGGGAUAUCAGCCCGAUCCCAUCAGAACGUCCUCCCCCGGCUUCCAGAAGUCGGACAAUGAGCUCGUCGCAAAGAUCCAGGAGGUCAGCUCCAAGAUUGAGGACGCCGUCGACUCCAUCUCCCAGCCUAUCCGCCCCUACAUCCCCAAGCUCGGCCGCUUCCUCAUCGUUGUGACUUUCCUCGAAGAUGCGCUCCGCAUUCUGACCCAGUGGUCCGACCAGCUCUGGUACCUCCAGAAGCACCGUCACAUUCCUUGGGGCCUCAGCCACCUGUUCCUCCUCGCCAACGUUCUUCUCAUGCUCGGAGGAUCCGCCGGUGUUAUCAUGCAGCGCUACCCCGAGAUCUCGGUCGGCUCGCUCCUCGGUGUCGUCGUCCUCCAGGCGCUCGGCUACGGCCUUCUCUUCGACAUGAGCUUCUUCCUCCGCAACCUCUCGGUCAUCGGUGGCCUGCUCAUGGUCCUCUCUGCCUCGCUCCAGAACAAGAAGAUGCUCUUUGCCGGCAUCCCCUCGCUCUCUGAGAACGACCGCCGCAAGUACUUCCAGCUCGCCGGCCGUGUCCUGCUCAUCUUCCUCUUCAUCGGCUUCAUCUUCCAGGGCGAGUGGUCGGUCGGCCGUGUCAUUGUCUCGAUCUUUGGUCUCGUUGCGUGCGGCAUGGUCGCCGUCGGCUUCAAGGCUAAGUGGUCCGCUGCCUUCCUCGUCAUCCUCCUCUCCGUCUUCAACGUCCUCGUCAACAAGUGGUGGAAGGUUCACUCGGCCCACCCCCAGCGCGACUUCCUCAAGUACGACUUCUUCCAGACGCUCUCCAUUGUCGGCGGUCUCCUCCUCCUCGUCAACAUGGGCCCUGGAGGCUUCUCGGUCGACGAGAAGAAGAAGGUGAGCUUCACUUUUUUGAUCAAAGCUGACAAUCAGGUCUACUAA